GUCAUAGAUGACUGCACUAAUUACUCGAGAGAGAACAGAUAAUACUCACCGAGAGGUUUGACUCGUCAGCUCAGAAAUUUUUAUUCUCAAGUUCCUAUCUCACUUAAUCACCCCACAAGUAGUAAUCUAUUUAUUAAUCUUCAUCUUUGAUCAUCAAUUGGAAUUUGGAAUCAAUCUGGUUGAAAGAGGAGGUGUAGACAGGCCAGGAGCUUCAUCGGUCAACGGAGAACUGGGUGGCCAGCCGAAACAUAUUAAAAAAAAGGGGAAAAGAAAUGGAGAACACGCAAUCAGAUCAACUCCAUUCUCUUUCGUUGUCUUCUCAACGAACCCAUUCCUUCCCAGUCGUUGUUCUGCAUUUCCUCAAACCACAUGAUGGAGUCUAUCUUUUAUUUCCCUCUCUUUUUUCUCUUCUUUUCUGCCAUAUCCGCUUACACUUUCUCGGAAUCCAUCCGCCCAAAUUUCACUGCUUCAUAUCUUCAAUUCAUUGACGGCUCUGGCACCUUCUUGUCAUCCCGUAAUGGAACAUUCGAGGCUGCUAUAUUCAAUCCUGGAGAUCAACAAUCCAGAUUCUACCUGUCCGUCAUACAUGUGCCAUCCCACACAAUCAUUUGGUCGGCCAAUUGUGAUGCUCCCAUCUCAAAUUCUGGUACGAUGUAUCUGACUGUCAAAGGAAUCACCGUUUUUGAUCGUGAUGGAAACCUCAAAUGGUCAACCCCACCAUUGGAAUCACCAGUAUCCGCAUUAAAACUUACUGAAACGGGCAAUCUCCUCUUACUUGAUCGUUCCAAUGGCUCUCUUUGGGAGAGUUUCCAGCACCCGACAGACACAAUUGUCAUUGGACAGCGCUUACCUGUUGGGGCAUGGCUGUCGAGUGCGACAUCAGGGUCUGACUUGUCAACUGGGGAUCACAACUUGAGUAUCACUCCAUCUGAUGCAAUACUUCAGUGGCAUGGACAGACAUACUGGAGGUUGUCGAUGGCCACAAAAGCCUUUAAGAAUUCAAAUGAUAGGGUGGAAUAUAUGGCUAUAAACAGAACAGCUCUUGAUCUCCUUGGAAGUAACGGAACAGUGACUGUGUUUCGGGUGCUCUUGCCCACGGCUGAUUUCAGAAUUGCCAAAUUGGCUGUUAAUGGCCAGUUUACUGUCCAAAGCUUUUCCGGUACUGAUUGGGUCCAGGAAUUUGUGGGGCCAGACGAUGGUUGUAAGACUCCAUUUUUUUGUGGCAGAUUAGGAUUAUGUACUUAUGGCUCUGCGUCCUCUUCACCUACAUGUUCUUGUCCCCCAAACUUCCAUGCAGGCUCAAGGAAUGCUCCGGGUUGUGUACCAAGCGAUGGUUCUUAUUCUUUGCCAUCUGCGUGUAAUUCAUCUGUCUAUGAUGGUGCAUCAAAUUCUUCAGCUGUUUCGUAUUUGAAACUCGGGGAUGGUAUGGAGUACUUUGGCAAUACCUACUCUAACACCGUAAUAGAUGUAGUGAACUUAACUAUUUGCCAAGACCUCUGUUCAUGGAAUUGUUCGUGCUUGGGAUUUUUCUACGAAGAUUCGUCUGGCUCCUGCUAUAUGCUUCAAAAUGAGUUGGGUUCUAUUAUGUCGAGCAGUGGAGGUGCAAGUAACUCGCUGGGCUACAUAAAAGUUAUUGCUGCAUCUGCUAUUGAUGAGCCUGCUUCUGAAGAAGAGGGGCUUCCUGUGGCUGCUCUGGUGCUAAUACCUCUUGCUGGAUUCAUUAUUGCUCUGGCUCUCGGUUUCCUCUGGCUUAGAAGAUUUAGAAUCUCCAAGGGAAAAGAGGUAAUAUUAGGCAAGUUCAAAUCACAUUCUUCAGAGGACUUGGAGGCCUUCUAUAUUCCAGGUUUACCUAAAAGGUAUGAUUAUGGAGAACUUGUGGAGGCUACCGAUAAUUUUAAGACUUUAAUCGGUUCAGGUGGAUUUGGUGCGGUGUUCAAGGGACAACUGCCUGAUAAGACCGUUGUGGCGGUAAAGAAAAUAGUAAAUAUGGAAUCAGGGAAAAAGGAUUUCUGCACUGAGAUUGCAAUUAUUGGAAAUAUUCACCAUGUUAAUUUGGUCAAACUGAAAGGCUUGGCUGAAGGAAGACAGCGUUUGUUGAUUUAUGAGUACAUGAAUCGUGGCUCCCUGGAUCGCACCCUCUUUGGUGGUGGACCAGUCUUAGAAUGGCAAGAGAGGUUCGACAUAGCACUUGGAACAGCGCGUGGACUUGCCUAUCUGCACGGCGGGUGUGAGCAGAAGAUCAUUCACUGUGAUAUCAAACCUGAGAAUAUUCUCCUGCACGACCACUUUCAGGCCAAGAUAUCUGAUUUUGGACUCUCGAAACUCCUCAGCCCCGAGCAGUCUGGUUUAUUCACAACAAUGAGAGGCACGCGUGGUUAUCUAGCUCCAGAGUGGCUUACUAACUCUGCAAUCACAGAGAAGACUGAUGUUUAUAGUUUUGGAAUGGUACUGCUUGAACUAGUGAGCGGAAGAAAAAAUUGUUCUCCGGGGUCAGAAAUCCCUAGCAAGGACGAUAGUAUGAGUGGCCAUUCAGGGACGUCAUCUAGGACAGGACUGGUUUAUUUUCCACUACAUGCCUUAGAGAUGCAUGAACAAGGUAGGCACCUUGAAUUGGCCGACCCAAGACUAGAAGGGCGUGUUUCGAAUGAGGAGGUGGAGAAACUAGUGCGUAUAGCCUUGUGCUGUGUUCAUGAAGAACCGUCGCUGAGGCCAAAUAUGGCUGCCAUUGUUGGCAUGUUGGAAGGUGGGACUCCACUGGCCCAGCCGAGGAUUGAAUCUGAAUUGAAUUUCUUGCGCUUUUAUGGGCGUAGUGGAAGGAGGCUUAGCGUGAUAGCGAUAAACAAGCACAGAAACCUUCAACUACCUAGUGGUUCUCAAACUGCUUUUUCUUACAUUUCUUCACAAGAUAUCUCAGGACCUAGAUAAGAUCUCCAACUCUGCAUAUUUUCAGAACCCUUGCUGCUUAUAUUAGUUCUUGUGGACGCCAUUGUAAUUGUACAGAAUCCUCUACUGUGGUUCUUACAUCUUGCUAUAAGGAGGUUGCUGCUUCUGUAAGAGCACUUCUUAUUCUCUUCUGUAAGAUAGUCAUGUAGUGAAGAACGAGUUUAUCACAAGUCAAUCGGGUGUCCAACUGUCCACUGAAAUACUUGAAUUUCUCAUUCUUGCGUAUUUAAUCUAUGUUGAUAAUUUACCCUGGUUCUGAUUACUUGAACUUUAUGUUUCCACGAGAGGUC